AUGAUGCCUCCCGGGGGUAGAAGGUCUAAGAUUAGACCACCUAGAAAAUCGUUAAUUAGUUCAUCAGCAUUACCUGAGAAUUCAACUACUGAAGCAUCCAUUGAUUUUGAUAAGAAUUGGACAAUUUUAGCUAACGCAAUUUCCCAGAUUCAAAAUAAGAACGUGUCUAAUUUAUCAUAUGAACAAUUAUACAGAAAAGCAUAUGUGUUAGUAUUGAGGAAAUUUGGUGGAAAAUUAUAUGAUAAUGUCACGGAAGCUAUUAAAUCACAUUUAUUAAACAGACGAGAGUAUUUGGUUAGUUUAUCGGGAAAUCAUGAAUUAUUUAUGCAAACAUUGAUUCAAGAAUGGAAUGAUCAUUUACAAUCUAUGAAAUUCAUCAGUGAUGUCUUGAUGUAUUUAAAUAGAGUUUACGUUAAAGAACAUAAGAAAUUAUUAAUUUAUGAUUUGGGGAUCAUGUUAUUCAAAGAUAAUGUAAUUAAAUUCAAUGAUCAUGAAAUUGGGUUUAAAGUAAUUGAUAUUGUAAUUAAUGAAGUUACUAAAAGUAGACUUGGAAGUGUGAUUACGUCAACCAUGUACAUAACCAAAAUUAUAAAUAUGAUGGAAUUAUUAGUCGAAUCCACUGCAUCAAGUGAAUAUUUCUAUGGGGAUACAUAUUAUCAAGUUUACUUUGAACCAAAGUUUUUGCAAAGUUCAGAAGAUACUUUUCAAACUUUAUCCACCGAGUAUGUAUCAUAUAAUCUGGGGACUAAAUAUUUACAGUUGACAACCCAAUUUAUUAAAGAUGAAGAAAAUAGAGUUAAAUUUUAUUUACCCCCUUCAACUUAUCCCAAAUUGAUUGACUUGAUGAACAAUAUAAUGAUCAAGGAUAAAAUUGAUAAAAUGAUUCUAUCACCAAACCAAGGGUUGGAUUAUUGGUUAAAGCCAGUUGUUAGUAAUAUUUUUGAAGCAGCCAAUGUUGAAACCUAUCAUUAUGCUGAUUUAAAAUUAUUGUAUAAUUUAGUUGGGAGAUAUGAUAGUGACGAAUAUCAAUUAUUAAGAUUAAGAAUUAAGGAAGCCAUUAUUGUUCAAGGUAAUUCAUUACCGGAAUAUGUUCGUUCAUCAAUUGACAACCCUGCAAACAAAAAACCCGUGGCUAUGAACUCAUCAGCAUUUGCAACCAAAUGGAUUGAUACUGUAUUGAAAUAUCGUGAUCAAUUAUUACUUGUAUGGAAAAAUUCAUUUGAUGAGAAUUUAAUGAUUGAACAGACCAUAACUUUUGCUUUGAGAGAUUUUAUAAAUGGAAGUGAUAAAAGGGGUGCCAAAACAGUCAAUGCCCCUGAAAUGUUAUCGGUUUAUAUGGAUUAUUAUAUCAAACAACUAACUAAAAGUGGAUCAUCGGGUAUAUUGAAAUCAGGAGAUCAAACUGAAGAAUUAAUCAAUACAUCGAUACAAUUUUUAAAAUAUAUUAAAAACAAAGACGCGUUUGAAGUUCAUUAUGCUAAUCAUUUUGCCAAAAGAUUUUUAAAUUCAAAGAAUUCAUCCAGUAAAGAUAUCGAAGAGAUUAUCUUGGGUAGUUUAAGUGAAGAAUUGGGGGUUUCUUCAUUAGAUAAAGUUAUCAAGAUGAAUAGAGAUAUCAGACUUUCAAGGGAUACUACCAAUGAUUGGAAGAAAUAUACUCGUGGUAGAGAUGAUAUUAUUGAAUUGGAAUUGAAAAUAUGUAAUGUGACCAAUUGGCCAAAGGCAAUGACGAAAAAUUAUAAAGAAGAUGUACUGUUGAAAUGGCCUAAUGCAUUACAGCACUCAUUAAUAGCAUUUGAAGAAUAUUAUGCUGGGAAGAAUGCAAACAAAAAAUUGAGUUGGUCAACAUUUGGAAGUAUGUUGAUUAAAGCAUCACUUCCAACGGGUAAUUUUAUGAUUGAUGUGGGUGUUGUUGCUGGGAAUAUUUUACUUCAAUUUAAUGAUCAUGAGAAAUUGAAAUUUGGUGAAAUCAAAGAAUUAGUAUAUGGAGAAGAUAAUAAAGUUGAAGAUUCUGAGUUGAAAAGACAUAUAAAAUCAUUAUUGAUCAGUAAGUUAUUGGUAUACAAGAAUGAUUAUUUCCUGUUGAGUGAAAAUAAAGUUAAAUCUAGGUUACUUAAAGUGAAGACGGUAGCAUCAAGUAAAAAAUCCGAAAUGGAUGAACAAGAAUCAGAAUUAGAACAAGAAGUUAGAAAGGGGAUGAAGAUUAAAACUGAGGCAUCGAUCGUUAGAAUUAUGAAAAGUUACAAAACAAUAAGUCAUCAACAAUUAAUAGAACAGUUGAUUCAACAAGUUUCAUUUUCUCCUACGAUGCUGUUGAUUAAAGAAUGUAUAGAGGAUUUGAUAGAAAAGGAGUAUUUGAAACGUGAUGGUCUGGAUCGUUCCCUAUAUAAUUAUAUAGCAUGA